AACGAUUGUAAAUCGAUUUUAUAAUGACUUGAGCUGCUGAAUACAUCAUAAGUGCAGCAUCUGUCUCUUCACUAUGCUGCUUGCACACGACAGCUGCUUCCUUAAACUGCGUGGCGUCAGACGACCACAGGAAUGGCAAACCCAAGUCGAACCUUUUCUAAUGUGAAGAAUGUGAUCCUGUCAGCCCAUAAAAACACAGGGGCCCAAGAUAAGGUCGGCUUCUAUGAUACCUGGGCUGAGAACUAUGAGCAGGAUGUAGAGCUACUAGAUUACCAGGCCCCAUUUUUAGCAGCUGAAUGUGUCAACUCAUUUUUUAGAGGUGACAGGGAGAAAGCCACCGUCCUGGAUGUGGCCUGCGGAACAGGGCUGGUCUCUUCACAUUUGAAGAAAAUGGGGUUUCAUCACUUUGUGGGAGUGGAUGGAAGUAUGAGGAUGCUGGAGCUGGCCAAAAAAACAGGACUCUAUCAGCAGCUUACUCAAUGCCUGCUUGGUCAGGAUCCCAUUCCUGUUGAAGUUGCUUCAUAUGACAUUGUUAUAAUUGUUGGAGCUCUGAGCAUUGGGCAGGUGCCAUUGACAGUCAUCAGUGAGCUCUGGGAAACUACAAAACCAGGUGGCUAUGUGUGCAUGACUACAAGAGGUAACGCAGAUAACCGGGAGUACAAGGCUGAACUGGAACAAAUAAAUAAAGCACUUGAGGAGGAGGAGAAAUGGAGCCGUGUUACUGUAGUUGAGGUUGAGGAGUGGGAGAGGGCGGUUUCAGAACAGGACAGCGGGUACAUUCCAGGUGCCAUUUAUCUGUAUCAGAAAAGUUUUAAACAUUCUCAUUGAUUUUAGCGGCACACAAGGUCAACCCGGCACUGGUUUUGCCGAAGUGCUGGAGGAGCCCAAGUCAGAGACAGACUAGCUGUGAAAGGACCAAAUUAAAUGUAUACACCAUUUUAUACUAAUACACUCAAAUCUCAGUAGCCUAAUCCAUAUUAGUAAUUCUACUGAUUGGAAUCUGUGUUGUAUUGCGAGGGGAGUCCACCAGCAGGUGGUGGUAGUAUUUCAGAAAUUACAAUCACUUCUCGUGAAAAUCCUUUUGUUCCCUAGAGAAGCUCUUGACAAAUAUGAUGCAAUCCACUUGUUUUGGCAAUGUAUGGGUACACCUGGCGCUGGCAAACAAUGCAGUCAUUUUAAACACCAUGAAGGUGUACAAAACAUGAACCCAAAGGCUUUUGAGGGAAAUGUCUGUGGUGUGUGCUUACAAAUCUACCAUCCCCCAGUUACUGUACAUCUGACCUUUUAGUUUGCCACUCCUCGAUACUACAGGCCACUUGUAGAAAAUGUCACUUCUGCAGGUGUUGUGUGACCCAAAUAAAACACAAUUUGUGGUUUCAAUCUGUUGAUUAGAACAUUAUAUUUUGGACGAAAUUUUCUCUUUGUUCAAAAAAGUCCAAUGUCAGGAUAUUUUUAGUGUUAAUAUUAUAAUGUUAAAUAACUUUGUAUCUGUAUCCAUAAACAAUAAAUGCCCAACAGAGAUAAUUAAAAUCUUUUGACUUGGUGUAAAGAUAAAUAUACAUUGCAUGUGUAUGUGCAUGUAAAUAAACAAAUUCCAAAAG